AUGAAUGUUAAAUUGGCAACACAAGUAUUUAGUUCAAGUGUAUCUAAUGCAUUAAUAUUCUGUGAGUCAUUAGGUAUAUUUCAAAAUACAAAUCCUACAAUAGAAUUUUGUUUAUUCAUGAACAAUGCAUUUGACAUUUUGAAUUGCAGCACAAAAUUUUCAAAAUCCCCAUACAACCUGGCAUUAUCUCCAAACACAUACAUAAAAUAUAAACAAUUCAUUGAAUUAUUUGAAGAGUAUGUAUUUAGUCUAAAACUAGUUGAUGGAUUAAAUGUUGUGAACUCUCCAAGAAAAACAGGAUUUGUAGGUAUAGUAUGGGCCUUGAAAAAUUGGUUAAAUAUGUAUGAUUUAAUAAAAGAAAAAGAUUAUGGCCUUAAAUAUAUUCUGUCAUACAAAAUUUCACAGGACCACUUGGAAACUUUUUUUAGUACGGUUAGAUCAAAAGGAGGUUAUAACAACAAUCCCUCAGCAAAGGAAUUUAAAACAUCUUAUAAAAAACUUUUGGUUCAUCACCAUGUCAGUGGAUCCCAGUAUGGUAACUGUCUGCCAGAAUCCAUGUUGUCCAAAUCUUACAAUAUACCUGACUCAAUAGUAAAUGAGAAAGAAGAACAAUUAGAGAUUGUACCCCAAAACCAAGAUCAUGAUUAUUUUAAUGUUUGUAUAAAAGCUUCCCCUUAUGUUGAAAAUGUCACAGAGUACAUUGCUGGAUUUGUUGCAAGAAAGGUUAUAAGAAAAAUUAACUGUGAAAUAUGUAAAACGUUUCUAAUUGACAAUGACAAUUCAAAUGUGUUAAUUCAAUUAAAAAAUAGAAAUGAUGCACUUUACAAACCUAGCAAAGAUGUUAACUUUAUUUGUUGUGUUUCGGAGAGAUGGAUUCGAAGCUCAAACUUAAAAGAAAUGUACAAAAAAAAUGUCAUUAAUAAAUUGUACAUAAAAAUUAAAUCUGAAGUAUACAAUUCCAUUUUUCGAAGCAGUAUACUGGAUGAACAUGUAAGUAAUCAGAAUUUAUUUACAAACCACAGAGAUCAGUUAAUAACAAUAAUAAUAACUACUUUUAUAACAUUAAGACUUCGACAUAUCGCCAACCAACAACAAAAGGAAACAAUGGGAGUUAGAAAAAAAUUUACUAAACUAAUUUUAUUUAGAAAUGAAUAA